AUGCUCCGGCCGACCCCUCGUCGACGCAGCAGCAUCCUGCUGCUGCUGCUGCUGGUGAUGACGCUUCCUGAGACCUUCCUGCGACCACCUUGGCCUUCCACGCGUGAUGUGAGAUGUGGUCCUCUGCGAGGUGCGCAAAAAGACAUCGUCGAGGGUCAAGCGUGUUGGAAGAUGUUUGAGAAGGUCACGAAAAUUCUUAGAUUUGCUUGGAUAUGUCUAUCUGAGGGUCCAUCUCUUGAGUUUUCUUCCAAGGAGGACAUGCAAGACUGGAUCUACGAAAAGUAUAUGGAAAUACACCUUGAAGAUAGCAACGAGACCAUUCUGACUUUUGCCAACCAGGCGGAGAUCGUUCUCGUGGGGGUGAAUCAUGAGAGUGGGACGGCUGCAAAGGCGGCGGGCAACAAAGUCAGAGAGCUUCAACCCAGCGCCUUGGUCCUGGAACUCUGCCGUGAGCGAGUAGGCAUGAUAAUUCAAGGAAACGACUAUCGCGAAGAGCGCCAGAGAAAUUGGAUGAAACCAGAUGAGCUAGAUGCCUCUCGACGCGCAACUGCGAGGUACGCGGACGAGAAUCGCCAGGCUUUUGCUGCCUUCAAGCAAAGAGCUGCUCCGGGGAAGAUGCUGGUCUUGGCAGAUUUGAAGAGUUCCUUCGUGGACAGUCAGUUGAGAAGUGAUGACGACGUUGUCAAAGAAGAGAUAAUGGCGCCGCGCGACCGCAACCUCGCCAUACAAAUCUUCACCACUCUUCUGUUGGGUCAUCGUUCCACAGUGGCGAUCCUGGGAGCCAAUCAUCUGCCCGGCGUGGAAAAAGAGCUACGAGCUUUGAAUGCCAGUUUUUCUGAGCUUGAAGGCGAAUUUUCAGAGGUUGCUUCCAGUUUCGGCCAAACGAUGUGGCGCGAACGGGAAUGGCCACUGCCAACGGGGUAUUUCAUCCGCUUUUCGGGCUGCAAGAAGUUGCACGAGCGACAGAAAAAACUGAAGGCGAAGGUACCAGUCAGUGCCUGGCGCGGAAGGGAAAACCGUUCAGCUGUGGAACGCAGAAAGAUCGUGUCUAUGGCCCGUCGAAUUUGGAACCCCGAGAGUAUUUGCAGCAUGCUCUCGCAUGAUGGCCAUGCCAUAGAGCCUGAAAGUUGGGACAGCCUGCUGCAGUGGACGCGGAUGACAGUGGAAAAGAGGAAGCAGGAUGAUCAUGCACCGAAGCAGCUGAAGCUUCCAACGCAGCAGCAACAAGUGGAUGAUCGUGCACGGAAGCAGCGGAAGCAGCGUGGGAAGGGCUUCGGCAAGGGAAUGACAUGA